AUGAAGUACUUUCUGCUCUUGGCCUCGCUGGCCAGCAUAAUUCUCGCUGCUCCCACACCUCCCGCCGGCACCUUUGAAUGGACCCCAACGCUGGCAGGCUACUUCGAUAUAGUCUUCCAAUAUAUUCAACGGGCCAAAGCUGCUGGUACACCAUCAUCACGUUGUGAUCUUUCCAGAGCUGCCAUGCCAAUUGCCCCGACACCAUUGCCUAAUCCCUCUGGUCUGACACUUGAGCAUGUUGCCGUUGGCCGAGGCGUACAAAACUAUACAUGUGCCAACCCCACAGCCACUCCCGCUGCAGUGGGAGCGGUUGCCAGGUUCUACAACUCAUCUUGUGUCGCAGCCGACUACCCAGAUCUCCUGGCUCUGCUUCCCACCCUAGCUCUACAAUACCCUCUUCCUACCGAUCCGGAUGCUCCUCUUGAACCAUCCGACCUCACUCUGUCCGUACACCAUUACUUCUCCAACAGCACCACUCCUGUUUUUGCUUUCGAUGCUCCCACCUCACCAGAUUUGGGAAAAGUAUUUGCCCAGAAAGAAGAGUCAUCUUUGGCGCCCUCCAACGCGGUGGCCGGAGUCGACGGAGUAGGCAACGGUGCUGUUGAUUGGUUGUAUCUCACCUCUCGAUCGACCACUGUAGGCGACAUCAAGGCCGUCUACCGAUUGAACACAGCAGGGGGAUCCCCACCUGCCACGUGUGCAGACCAACCCUCGGCAUUCAGUGUGGAAUAUGCGGCAUUGUACUGGUUUUACAAGUAA